GUUGUCUUUUUGUAGCAAACUUCACCUGUUGUCAGCAUUUAUAUAUCAUUGAAGACUGACCACUAAUGAAAUCCCGUUAAAGUCAAUCGGAAUUGCAUAAAUUCCUAUAAAAAAAAAAUAAAACUCAUCGCCUACAUAUCAACUAUAACUUAAAAUCCUAAAAAUGGCCAGCUACAAGCCAAACGAUUCAAAAAGAGACGAGUUCAGAAGAUAUUUGGAACGUGCUGGGGUCCUUGAUGCCCUCACCAAAGUAUUAAUUGCUCUCUAUGAAGAGCCUGACAAACCAACUGAUCCAAUAGAGUACAUCAGAAAAAACAUCGGAGGAAUGGCUGAGAUCACUGAGGAAGGUGCCACGUCUGUUGGCGACUCAGAGUCCCUGGAAAAAAAAUUACGAGACGCAGAAGCUGAAAAUCGCGAGCUGAGAGCUAAACUGGCCAAGAUGGACUUGGGCUCUGAGGAAUAGACUGCUGACGUACUAAAAUAUAACAAUUAUUACAUUCUAUUGAUACUAUAUUUCAUAUUGAUAUACUCUAUUUAUACAAAAAAAAAUAUUCAAGUGCCUUAAAGGUGGUAAAUUUAAUUCCAAGUUAAAUAUUUAUUUGAAAAUAUGACUUUGAAUAUAAAAUAAGUACAUUUAAAUUACCAGUAUUUUUACUGUGAUUAAUCCAACUAUUGAGCUGUGACUAAGUGUU